GAUCAGUUUCGUCAAAUUUAAUGUCUUCACCAUUUUCGUACCCAUUUCCAUUGCCAUUUUCUCCGUUACCGCUAUCAUUACCUUGUCCUGUAUUAAUUGACCAUUCGAAAGACUUGCUUCGUCAAGUGGGAUUGCAAUUGUAA